AUGCAAGGGCGCGGGACUUCUGCGCAGCUGUCCAGCCUGUCGCUCAAGCUGCUCAGACGCGGCGCCGGAGCGCAGUUCAUCAUGAGCCUUCCUCACGGGGCUUUCAACUACGCAACCCUGGAGGUCAUCAUGGGCUUCUCGGCCAAGUUUUUCCCCGCCGAUUGGAGGGAGACGGCCGGACCGGUGUUGGACUUCGUCACCUCUGGGGUGGCGACUCUCUUGUGCUCGGUCGUUAGCACCCCUCAGGUUGUCAUCGAAGACCGAAUCAUGACUGGGAUGUAUCCGAACCUCGUCAGCGGAUUCCGCGAGAUAUCCAGGAGCGAAGGUUUGCGGGGCUUUUACACAGGCUGGAGUGCCAACGUCUCGCAAAAGAUUCCAAGCUACGGGUUGACGUGGGUUUUCUACCAGGCGUCGAAACGGCUCUACAAAAAGAUCACCCACCGUGCUCCCACUGCCACGGAGAGCUUUGUGCUGGGAGCGGUGGCGGCGGGUGGAGCCGUGUGCGUCAUGCUGCCCCUUGACACCGUGUUGACUCGGGUCGUGACCCAAAGAGCCCAGCCCGGCUUCGUACCCUACAAGGGUGCGUUCAGAACGCUGGGCCGCAUCGUCAACGAGGAAGGCCUCGGCGCCAUGUACAGCUCCCUUCCUGCGAAACUCGUCUCGGUCGUCCCCGCAAUAGGGAUUCAGGUUCGUGCGAGUCUAUAUAGUACAGCUGUCCAGGUGUCUACCACAGCUUUGUACGAAUCUGGCGAGCGUUCAAGGUUGCCGCGUUCAUCGCAUUCAGAAUGGAUAGUAUCCCGAUUUCCCUGCACCCUGCUACGAAUGAUUGCCUCCGCCCCACAAGCGUUACCACGGUUUUUAUGAGCUCUUCGUCCCGGGCAACGCAGUCGGGACCAACCAUUUUCACAGUUCACGGUCGGACUUCGUGGGAUCCAACAGAGUGUUUCGUUUCGUUGAGUGCCUGGUAAUUGUGCUGGGAGUCCUCUCUUCCGCACACACCGACGACUGUGGUUCGGCCUUACGAUUCGUCCACGAGCCGUACCUCUGCAACGGCAACAAGCUCGGAUUCUUUUCUGGCGAACGGCUGGCGGACGAGUUUUUUCCCCGCAGGUUCCACGUGCAAAUUCACACGUAAACGUGCAGUUUUCUUCUGUUACUGCUACGGUGUCUUUGUUUAGGCCGGAGAGUAGCAUAGCCUCCCCCGUGAUGCCCCCUCAUGGGGUCCCAGAUCAUGGCCUUUGGAAACAUGUAGUGUUUUCAACCGCACUGAGACUGACGUCUUUUCAUUGGUCAGCCGGUUAGCGCGGUCGAUGCUAAUAAUAAAAACACACGUGCGAGCAGUUCGGGAUCUACGACUACUUCCGCAAGCAGCUGAUUAGCCGCAAGGACGGGGACGGGGACGACGGGCUUCUCCUUCGGGACGGCCUGCUGCCCCCGUCGGUGAGGCGGAGGCUGGGGCUCGGCAACGACGGCCGGGGCGGAGACGACUCCGACGACGACUUCGCGAGGAGGAUGUACCUCGCUGAGGAGGAGCUGCUCUAGUAAUGGCUGCUGC